AUGCUGCCACUCCGCUGCGCUCGGUCGCCAGUGGCGCUGUCGGCGCAAACGCCCUUGAAGCGUGUCGCCAACUUCUCUACGUCCGUCCGCCGACAACAACUCAACUCGGACGUCAGGAUAACCAGGACUGGAAAGCCCAUCUUGACUGUCUCCGGCGGACGUUCCUCGCUCGGAGGAUACACCGCGACCGUCUUCGGAGCCACUGGAUUCUUGGGACGAUACAUUGUGAACCGACUGGCCCGAUCAGGAUGCACAGUGGUAGUCCCCUUCCGGGAGGACAUGGCAAAGCGUCACCUCAAGGUCGCCGGAGAUCUGGGCAGGGUUGUCUUCAUCGAGAUGGAUCUCCGAAACACUGCAUCGAUUGAAGAGAGCGUACGACACUCUGACAUUGUCUACAACCUCAUUGGUCGCGACUACCCCACCAAGAACUUCGACCUGGAGGACGUACAUGUCCAUGGAACAGAGCGCAUUGUGGAUGCCGUCGCCAAGUACGACAUUGACCGCUUUGUUCAGGUCUCCUCGCACAGCGCACGCCUAGACUCACCCUCCGAGUUCUACCGCACCAAGGCUCAGGGAGAGCAAGUAGCACGCUCCAUCUACCCCGAGACCACCAUUGUUCGACCUGCGCCCAUGUUCGGUUUCGAGGACCGUCUUCUCCACCGCCUAGCCUACCCGUCAAACAUUGUCACCUCGAACAACCUAGAGGAGCGCAUCCGCCCCGUCCAUGUCAUCGAUGUUGGCAUGGCUCUCGAGCGCAUGCUCCACGACGACACCACCGCCGCCCAGACGUACGAGCUGUACGGCCCCACUGAGUACUCCAUGGCCGAGAUCAACGAACUCGUCGAGAAGGAAGCCAUGAAGCCGCGCCGCCAUGUCAACAUUCCCAAGCGCCUCAUGAAGCCUAUUGCACACUACGCCAACAAGCUUCUCUGGUGGCCUAUCCACUCGGCCGAUGAGGUUGAGCGCGAAUUCAUUGACCAGAUUAUUGACAAGGAUGCGAAGACAUUCAAGGACCUGGACAUUGACCCCGUUGAGCUGAAGAGCUUGACCUUUGAGUACCUCAAGGGUUACCGAAGCUCAAAUUACUAUGAUCUACCCCCCAUGAGCGAGAAGGAGAAGAGGGAAGAGAAGAAGUACCUGCACGUCCUUGACGACCAAUAG